AUGACCCGGUGGCAGAGUCCAGCAGAUGUCGCCCCUCCCACCAUCACGUCGUUCAAGUAUCGACCCGCCGUUGACGCCGACGCCCCUGGCCUCACGUGUCUCGGCGACCACGUGACCACGACGUUCGUGGCCGAGACAGCGCUGCCGACCGAGAGCGGGACGUUCCGCGUCCGCGCUUACCGCUCGAUCGGCUCGUUGCGGGAGAGCGAACCCAUUGCAAUGGUGUCGGGCGACGUGCGUGGCCAACGCAAUGUGCUCGUGCGCGUGCACGACCAGUGCUUCACGUCGGAGGUGUUUGGCUCGCUGAAGUGCGACUGCAAAGAGCAGUUGGACUAUGCUAAGGCGUACACAAAGAAGCACGGGGGCGUCGUCAUUUACAUGCCUCAAGAAGGACGGGGCAUUGGCCUUGCGAACAAGAUCAUGGCGUACUCGGUGCAAGAGCAAGGACUGGACACUGUGGAUGCGAACCGCGUGCUUGGGUUCAAAGACGACUACCGCUCGUACGAGCCCGUGCCGGCUAUCUUGAAAGACCUGGGAAUUCAGUCGGUCUGUCUGUUGACGAACAACCCGCGGAAGAUUCGACUCUUGAGCCAAUUGGGCGUGACGAUUGAGGGGAGACAACCCGUUGUGAUGAAAGGCGGGGAGUUCAGUCAGGGGUACUUGACGGCCAAAGCGAAGCGAAUGGCGCACUUAUUGCCCGGUGCACCAGGCGAAGACGGCAGUGGGGACGACACGUUUACGGACGAGAGUCAGGAUGAAGAGGAGGUGCAGAGUAAUCCGCAAAAUGAAGCUGUGGUCGCUUUAUCUCCGACGGCGUCGUCUACGUCAUCUCCUGGAACCUGCAAGACUGGGUUUUAA